AUGGCUAGCGAAGCAGUGAGUCAGAAUGUGUUUAUACAAUUCUUCGGGCCUGUCCACAUUCCAAAAAUUCAAUAUCGAGAAUACCGUGUUCGACUUUCAACGAUCGCUGUAGGCAGAGAUAAUGGGCCAACACCAGAAACGUACUUGGAAGAUGUACAAAAUAUUAUCGAAAUGCACAAAAAGGAAAUAUCAGAUCUCAAAGACAAAAUGCGGGAGCGAAUGUCGGGAAAGGAAAUGAAAACUGCUUCAGAUCGUUUGAACAGGUUUAUCAGAACAAAUAUUUACUGGACAUCAAAUAAGACUCUCACUGGUGGAUUUCCGAGAAAUCUCCUGACCAGACUUCUUCGUGCCGGCCCAGAAUUGAUUCGUCAAUUUGAGUUGGAAAAUUUUUGGUGCGACCAUGAGUGGACACGCAUUAAAACGGCAAGUAACCCAGCGGCCUUCCGAAAUGUUUUAUCUAUUCGCGAGCGAGUCACCGCCGACGGCAGACCGAUUUCUCGUUUCGAACAAAUCGAUGCGAGAAAUGCGAGAGUUACGCCGCCACGAAAUGCUGUCCGUGGUAGUGAGAGUACAAUUGCAUUCGAACCAGUUGCGCAAGUUGAUGGAGUAGAUACGAAGACAUCAAAACCAACGGAAGGCGACGGCCAAUGCGACCAUGCCAAGAAUGUAAUAGGCGCUGACCUACGCAAGAGGGAAACUAACGCGAAUUCAAAAGAUCAAACAACCAAACAAAGUGGAGGAAAGGAGGAUGAACCUGGUGGAAACGAUAGUACAGGACAAGAAGGUGAGCAGGAAGAUGGGAGUCGACCGAUCGUAAGCGAGACGUCGACUGAUGGGGAGGUAUCGUCUGGCACGGAUAGUGGAGUCAGCUCAUCACCAGUUUCGAUGAAUGAAGAAUUGUGUGAAGAGCUAAUGCGUAGCCAUAAUGACAAUGCUAUUGUUGAAUACGUGGUAUUGAAUCAGCAAGUUGAGAAAAGAAAGAAAGAAGUUCUCAUUGGAUUAGUACGUGAAUUGACUGCUGCUGUCAAAUCCAGAAGCCGUCGCGAUCGCGACGCUCUAGACAAAACGAGAAAUCGACUGCGAAGGUUAAUAGAUUUGAAAUUCAAUGCAAAAAGCAUUAAAGAGCAAGAGGAAGGAGACGAGCCCCAACAGUGUUGUAGCUCCAGUGGAACUCGGGCAAAGAAAAGAGCGGAACUGAUUGAGUCUGGAGUAGAUGAGGGAGAAAGAGAUUCGGAUAACUCUGAGCAACACAAUACAUCAGCUGGUGUGAGUUCGGAUAACCAUAAACAAACUUCCAAUGGAAUCCGGCCAUCCAAUAAUCAUAAGAAGAAAAAAGGAAAGAAAGGAAAAAAGCCCAAAAAAUGCAACAAAGGUCCAAAAGUCACACAAGAGGAAAUUGAAGCAAUCAGAAAGCAGAAAAAGGCUGAAGCUGAUAAAGAGUUUGAGAGAAUUGAAGGUGAGAGACGUGCCCAUAUGAACCAAGUGGAACUGAUGCACCGUCAAAAGUGCUAUCGACAAUUGGUGCACACUGCGCUUGGGAUGAGAGCUCAAGGAGAUCCGCUGCCAGUGGAAGUGCAAGAAGUCGAAGGAUUCAUGGACUAUUACGUCAAUUCUGUGAAGUUUGAGCACAAGAUCACUUUACGAAACUUGUUCUUCGAGCAAAGAGUCGAUGACAUUCAACGGGACUACUAUGGGUCAGAACUCAGUUCCAAAAUGCACGUAAUAACCGACUAUUACAAAAUUGUUGCACGAGGUUUACGAUUAUGUCAGUAUUUCAUGUUCCUAGCAGUUCUGGAUGAGAGAUCUUAUGGAUACUCGGAUUUCGAAGCUUUGAUCCUUCAAUAUUUCUUUAUUGGAACAGAAGAAAAUCCAGAGACGUCCAAAUCAGAAGUUUACCGUAGAUUCUGUUUCUUUGUGGAAGUUGCCCUAAAAAAUAUCUCGGAAGAAGAACAAAUCGUAAAUGCGAUACAUUACGUUAGAGACAAAUUGUGGCUCUUCGAUGAGCUGAUGGCGCACUACGAUGUCACUCGUGUUGAGAUGAUUCUACGAGAAGGAUACCUGGGAAUCGCUCAACAUAUGCUCAAUCACCUCAGCACCACUGAUACAAUUUCUUAUAUUCAAAGCUGUAGAGGAAAAUCAUCAUACAACAUGUCUGAAGCUUGGCUAUUGCAAACUAGAAUGCCGGGAGAGUAUACUUUACAUAUUUGA